AUGGCAACACCAAGUGUAACAUCCACCAAAGAGUCAACCAAUUAUGCUCGGUUGUGUCGCCUUCUUAUAGAUGUUGGUUCCCAGGCUCUAAGAGACACUUUUGAUGGGUUUUACUCUCCAGGAAACCUUCACACUUUUUUGAGUAGUACCUCGGUUCAGUCUAAACUAAAAUCCCUGAGAGGAAAGAAAAUCCUCAAUCCAACACAAUGGAGUAAAUUGUUCCCCGCUGUGCCCACCACUGUAACUUCUGCUAGUUUUGACAUCACUCUUUUAAGCGUUCUCCUGAGAAACAUUUGUGGCUUGAGUCCUCCUGCAUCAACAGCAUCAUGGGACAAACUUCCCCCACCAACAGAUACAUGUCGUGAAGCUGACCUUGUUCGAAUAAAACAUUUUCGAAAUACCGUUUAUGGACAUGCUGAGAAGGCCUCUGUCGACGACGUUACAUUCAAUGGUCUCUGGCAUGACAUUGAGAGUGCGAUGGUCAGAUUAGGAGGACCACCUUAUGCAGCUGCUAUUGCCAACCUUAAGGGCGAAUGUAUGGACCCUGAUAUCGAAGAACAUUAUAAAGAGGUUCUUUUGAUGUGGAAGAAGGAUGAGGACAACAUUAAAAACAAGAUCGAAGAGCUAGAUAAGAAAUUUGAAGACUUCAUGAAGUCGUCAGUUGAAGAAAGUGGUAAGUCUUUUCUAAACCCAGGGACAGUACAAUGUAAAAUAAAAUAAUGGUGAAGAUGACGACGGCAAUGAUGAAGAUGACGACUCAAGAAAAUUAAGGCAUGGGUCAUCUAUUUAAUUCCUCAACACAGGGGGUGCGGGGGGUGGUCUAACGUUUUAAACUUUCAUUGAAACGCAAAAUCACUUAAGGACAGACUUCCUGGGUAUAAGUUCAAUAUUUUUGAAUGACUAUUGGAGACAUUAAUUGUCAUGUGGCCUCUUAAAGCUAUUGUUAGCUCAAAAAUCUAUUGGGCAGUAUGGAGCCACUUUUCAUUACUUUCUGGAAGUUGCAGUUAUCGUCUUAGUAAUGAGAUUAGGAGGUUACGUUACAUCAUUUCUGUGGCCGCGCCUUUUAAGUUAAUCCUUUAGACAGGAACGAAAUUUGAAAAUCGUUUGAUAAGGGGACUGGGUACUAGUACAAAAUACUGUUUAUUUACACUUUCAUAAAUUAUUCAACAAAGCCCGGGAACAGAUGUCUAAUGAACAUCUAGGGACAUGUUUGGUUGCAAUUUCUCUGAGGGAAAUUUGUCACUGUGGUCUGUGAAAGGACCUGAAAGAUCUAAUAAGCGCAUUUUAUGGCUGUGAAAAACAUUAGAAAGCAUUCUGGUGUAGUUAUUUAUUCAUCUUUAAAAUACAUUUACAGCAUUUAAAAAAGGAUGCAGCUUUCUAACCUAGGAUACGAAAGGGGUACCUUUUCCAUAAAAAAAUAAUGUUGGGUACUCAACCCAGCGGGUGCGGAAACGGGAUUUACCAGUGGUUGGCCUGUGUCGAAAAGUUAGCCAAUGGAAGUGCACGCUUUUGAGAACAAAUCCAGUUAUAUAAUAAAUGUGAAUAUUUCCGUGUCUUUUGAAAUGGUCCGUGGUGGAUUUAAUGACAGUUUAUUUCAUUUGUAAAAGGGAAACUCAGGGAUGAGGUCAACAAGAAACUGGACUUUUUGACUAAGAGAGGUAAGAUAUACACAACCAAAACACAACAAAACCAUCAAUCGUUUCCUCAAUAGUGGUAGAGCUUAAUAAACAUCGCAUCCAAAAGCGAUGCGAUGAAAAAAGUGUGAGAAAAUACAUUGAUUGAUAAUUAGCACGGAUUUAGAUGCUUCUGAAUUUCUUGAGCCGAACAGAGUCUUAAGGAAUUAACUGUAUCACAACUAUGUCGCCAGUGCUUAUAUAGAAAUCGAGCUGUCACAAUUCUGGCUUCAUAAUAAUGGUGAUGGAAAUAAAUCAGCCUCCUUUAGACUGAGAAACAGAAUCUAAGAUUUGCAAAAAAAUACAGAAUUAACCAGAGGUGACGUUUCUGAAUGUGAGAGGCCUUGGUGUGUUCAGGAUCGCGGUUUAAAAAUGUCAACAAAUAAGAGAAAUUCAAGGGCGAGGUCAACAAGAAACUGGACUAAAAUCUAUUUCAGAUUUAUUCAAGGUAUUAUUUCUGUGCAUCUUAUAGAUAGGUCAGUCGUCUAAACAUAAGGCUGUUAUUUUUAUGGCUCCAGUGCUAAUUGACAGAGCCCGGUUACCCUCUGCAAGCCAGCUCUCUCAAUAAGCUGAGCUAUAAACCCUACUUCGGAAGGUAACUUAUGUCUCUGGAAUGAAAAUUAAACACCAAAAGUUUAAUCUUUGACACAGUAAUAUUUCGAUGUUACCUUGUUUAUAAUUAGUUGUCAUCGUAGUUCAUUAUAAAUUCAAAGAGUUUUCAAAUUUCGGCUUGCAACUGACAAUAGACUAUGUAAAUCAUUUUCAAUGAUAAGGCUUCUCUUGACCACUCUCGAAGUAAAAGGCGAACACACUGUUUGGUUAUAAUGGUCAUAUGCUAGUUUAUCUCACAUUUGCAUGGAGCUUGUUUUCUUUUGCUUUUUAUUUUCUUGACAGAAAUAAACAGAGACAACCGCAGAAGUGAGCUGCCAGAAGAAGUACCCAACGUACAUGGACACGAAAAAGAAGUUGAUGACAUCGUUCAAGUUCUCUGCGGAGAGAGAAAAACGACAGCAGCCGGAGUCCUUGUUAGUGGAAUAGCUGGGAUAGGAAAGUCCACGGUUGCCAUUCAAGCUGGGCAUCGGCUUAAAAACGAAUUUGAAACCAUCAAUGAGGGACAAAAGUGUUGACACACUUCCGUAAAAUGGCCCCUUUUUGCAUAGUGGAUAUACUUAUCCCCUUCCCCUGUCUUCCCCAACCCCUUCCCCCCAAAAUCAAUGUUGAAUUUUGGACCCUCAAGUCUUUUUUUUACUUCAGACAACAUUGAUUCGGGGGGUCGGGGGAUUUACGGCGUUUAAAAGGAAUGAAAUAAUAAAUGAAUUAAAUGUUUGUUAAAAGCACCCGUUUUAAACAAGUGUGUCAACUACUUUUGUCCCUGAUUGUCUGAAAUAUGUAUCUGUGUUUUCCGGCUAGAUUUCGGACGCUGCUGAAUUUUUGUGCGAUGACGUUACUCUAUGGACCAAAUUGUUUGUUUAUAAACAACAAUUUGAAAAGUUUGGUCCUGAUUUGUAGUAUACGUAGAGUAAAAUGUACGAAGCGUAUGUCAUUACUUAAUCUUGUACUCCCGCGCGCGUUCCUGAUACCCUGUCGGGUCGAGAGGAAAUCAUUAGUGUUGUGAUCAAUGCCGCUGCUGCAGAUAUCAUUUUUUUACAAGCAUUAUCAAUAGUGGAAAAAGGAUGGAAACACUAAGGUACAAUGAAAAUUGUUCUGGUAAAUGGUUAACUGAAGCGAAUGAAGUACUGCAACAUGCAUUAUUGUUUACAUUGACUUUUGCCAUUAGUGAAAGGACGUGAACAAUAUACAGGUUAUGAACCUCAUAAAUGAUGAGCCAGUCGUUUGUGCUAUGCCCUAUAAAUAGAUGAUUUUUUUGGGGAGACCUUUUCAAAUCUAGCAGAUCCAAACCUUUAGCGUGUGUAGGCGUCGAACAGGUUAGACCAGGUUAGGAAUGUACUUUUGUAAUGAUUUUAGAUGACCGCCUGCCAUUUAUUCAGUGGCAUUUUUUUUAUUGGUGUUGGGUGGACAACUAUUUCAUUUCCCAGCUCGUAAAUCACAGAAUACCAAAGAAAUUGUUUUCAAGAUAGACACACCAGUUUGUAUCAUCGCCAAAACAGCAAUUACUUUGGCCCAGAAGUUCACUUGAUGACAAGGAAAGCGGGAUAACACGUGAUCGAUGACGGCCGUGCUCUGGAAAAUCUUUCUUUUUUAUGCGCUAAUUCCUCACAAAAGGCAAAAGAAGAUUCCGCUAUGUAGAAAGUGCUUCGCAAUACGUAUUCUUGGCGAGAAAAAUUCCAGCGAUGUGGUGCAAAUAAGGAGUUUCAACGGUUAACCACGAGAAUACAUAUCGACAUUAAGAGGUCAUAACAGACUUAAUAUGUUACUUUCCGUUUGCCGAAACUUGGUUAACCGUUGUAACACGAAGGAAGCAGUGUUUUCCUCAGUUUGAGCUGUCGUUUUCUUUGAGAGUCAAAUACCAGUUCACGUUUCAAAGCUCUCUUUUCAUUUUGUCUCCCGACAAUAGAGAACAACACAGGGUUUCGCUUGACAAAUGCAGUCCAAAUACACAGACAUAUGCGCUCAUGUCACGCUAUUUACGUUGCGUUAUCAUGUCACACAGGGUGUCACGAGGUGGGAUUGAAAGUAAUUGUUUUCGUGUACACUUGCAAUGUUUGCUACGCAGUCCUUAGUUUUUAUUGAGUUGGCCAUGAAUUUACCUUCACUUCUCCGUAGUUUCGAUAUUGAACGCAGUGACGGCCGCUCCUCACUAACGUUCCAUAUUUCCGUGACUGGCCAGUGACUAUCUCCACUACGUGUCAAUCCUUACCCUACCCGUGAUUGUUUGCGCCUUAACAAUCGGAUAAAGUGAAGAACGAGAAAUAUUCACUUUAUUAAAAAUAUUUUCAGUACGCAUACCCUUGAAAUUCAUCAAAAGUUGUACAUGUGUGCGAGUUUCAGCGUCAGUUUUUAGCAUGUAAACCAUAUCGACGUUUAUUCUGGAUAUCGCAGCCCCUUUAUUACGUCAUCACGUAAUUGGAAUUGGCCCUAUAAUUCGGUCGUGAAUAAGUCAAUGUCACCCCCACCACCAAUAACAUAAUUAUGUCAUUGAUUCCUUUAAUUUCAGUUAAAAUCAAUGUCAUACACGGCUCAACUUGUGUGCAGUAGCACAAUUUUGCAUUCAGACAAUGAGGGACAAAAGUGUUGACACACUUCCGUAAAAUGGCCCCUUUUUGCAUAGUGGAUAUACUUAUCCCCUUCCCCUGUCUUCCCCAACCCCUUCCCCCCAAAAUCAAUGUUGAAUUUUGGACCCUCAAGUCUUUUUUUUACUUCAGACAACAUUGAUUCGGGGGGUCGGGGGAUUUACGGCGUUUAAAAGGAAUGAAAUAAUAAAUGAAUUAAAUGUUUGUUAAAAGCACCCGUUUUAAACAAGUGUGUCAACUACUUUUGUCCCUGAUUGUCUGAAAUAUGUAUCUGUGUUUUCCGGCUAGAUUUCGGACGCUGCUGAAUUUUUGUGCGAUGACGUUACUCUAUGGACCAAAUUGUUUGUUUAUAAACAACAAUUUGAAAAGUUUGGUCCUGAUUUGUAGUAUACGUAGAGUAAAAUGUACGAAGCGUAUGUCAUUACUUAAUCUUGUACUCCCGCGCGUUCCUGAUACCCUGUCGGGUCGAGAGGAAAUCAUUAGUGUUGUGAUCAAUGCCGCUGCUGCAGAUAUCAUUUUUUUUACAAGCAUUAUCAAUAGUGGAAAAAGGAUGGAAACACUAAGGUACAAUGAAAAUUGUUCUGGUAAAUGGUUAACUGAAGCGAAUGAAGUACUGCAACAUGCAUUAUUGUUUACAUUGACUUUUGCCAUUAGUGAAAGGACGUGAACAAUAUACAGGUUAUGAACCUCAUAAAUGAUGAGCCAGUCGUUUGUGCUAUGCCCUAUAAAUAGAUGAUUUUUUUGGGGAGACCUUUUCAAAUCUAGCAGAUCCAAACCUUUAGCGUGUGUAGGCGUCGAACAGGUUAGACCAGGUUAGGAAUGUACUUUUGUAAUGAUUUUAGAUGACCGCCUGCCAUUUAUUCAGUGGCAUUUUUUUUAUUGGUGUUGGGUGGACAACUAUUUCAUUUCCCAGCUCGUAAAUCACAGAAUACCAAAGAAAUUGUUUUCAAGAUAGACACACCAGUUUGUAUCAUCGCCAAAACAGCAAUUACUUUGGCCCAGAAGUUCACUUGAUGACAAGGAAAGCGGGAUAACACGUGAUCGAUGACGGCCGUGCUCUGGAAAAUCUUGCUUUUUUAUGCGCUAAUUCCUCACAAAAGGCAAAAGAAGAUUCCGCUAUGUAGAAAGUGCUUCGCAAUACGUAUUCUUGGCGAGAAAAAUUCCAGCGAUGUGGUGCAAAUAAGGAGUUUCAACGGUUAACCACGAGAAUACAUAUCGACAUUAAGAGGUCAUAACAGACUUAAUAUGUUACUUUCCGUUUGCCGAAACUUGGUUAACCGUUGUAACACGAAGGAAGCAGUGUUUUCCUCAGUUUGAGCUGUCGUUUUCUUUGAGAGUCAAAUACCAGUUCACGUUUCAAAGCUCUCUUUUCAUUUUGUCUCCCGACAAUAGAGAACAACACAGGGUUUCGCUUGACAAAUGCAGUCCAAAUACACAGACAUAUGCGCUCAUGUCACGCUAUUUACGUUGCGUUAUCAUGUCACACAGGGUGUCACGAGGUGGGAUUGAAAGUAAUUGUUUUCGUGUACACUUGCAAUGUUUGCUACGCAGUCCUUAGUUUUUUAUUGAGUUGGCCAUGAAUUUACCUUCACUUCUCCGUAGUUUCGAUAUUGAACGCAGUGACGGCCGCUCCUCACUAACGUUCCAUAUUUCCGUGACUGGCCAGUGACUAUCUCCACUACGUGUCAAUCCUUACCCUACCCGUGAUUGUUUGCGCCUUAACAAUCGGAUAAAGUGAAGAACGAGAAAUAUUCACUUUAUUAAAAAUAUUUUCAGUACGCAUACCCUUGAAAUUCAUCAAAAGUUGUACAUGUGUGCGAGUUUCAGCGUCAGUUUUUAGCAUGUAAACCAUAUCGACGUUUAUUCUGGAUAUCGCAGCCCCUUUAUUACGUCAUCACGUAAUUGGAAUUGGCCCUAUAAUUCGGUCGUGAAUAAGUCAAUGUCACCCCCACCACCAAUAACAUAAUUAUGUCAUUGAUUCCUUUAAUUUCAGUUAAAAUCAAUGUCAUACACGGCUCAACUUGUGUGCAGUAGCACAAUUUUGCAUUCAGACAAUGAGGGACAAAAGUGUUGACACACUUCCGUAAAAUGGCCCCUUUUUGCAUAGUGGAUAUACUUAUCCCCUUCCCCUGUCUUCCCCAACCCCUUCCCCCCAAAAUCAAUGUUGAAUUUUGGACCCUCAAGUCUUUUUUUUACUUCAGACAACAUUGAUUCGGGGGGUCGGGGGAUUUACGGCGUUUAAAAGGAAUGAAAUAAUAAAUGAAUUAAAUGUUUGUUAAAAGCACCCGUUUUAAACAAGUGUGUCAACUACUUUUGUCCCUGAUUGAUCGUUAGGUUUUGUUCUUUGAGAGGUGCAAACAAAGGGGGCGGAGAAGGCGACGACGUGUUGAGAGAAAUUUUGAAUGUGUGUGUCCCAGGCCAUCAACAAAGCAGUGAGUACCCCAAGCAUGUUUUGCUCAACUGGUGCAGGCAGCUUGAAUACGAAUUAGUCCUUAUUGUUGAUAAUGCGGAAGAUGCUAUAGACAAUCGAGGCCACUAUCCAUUUCUGAACGUGUUGAGUGAUAUGAGGAAGUGCUCAGACUGUCAAAUUAAGUUCCUGAUAACCUCAAGAGGCUCGGAAAUUGAAACUGUCGGAACAGUUUCAAACAUUCAGCUUGUCAAAAUACCCGUUGGUCCUUUAGAUGUAAGGGAAGGUAUCGAAGUUCUAAAGGACAGUGCUAAUUUGCCGCUUGAGACUGCGCCUGACAUUGAAGUCAAAUUGCACAAAAUAGCUGAACUAUGCGAAAACAUUCCACUUGCACUCCGAUUAGCUGGUCCUCUCCUUGCAGAAGAAUCUGAGUAUUCUUUUGACGGACUCAUACAAGAGCUUGAAAGGAACGCAACGAAAACCCUCGACCUUGAGCCUAUGAUGGAAAUAGCUUUCAAAAAGCUAGACGAGUCUCUGCAACACGCAUUAGUUUGUUUGUCCGUGUUUCCUCGAUCUUUUGCAAGAGAUGCUGCCGAGGCGUUACUAGGCAAAGUUAACUGUGCCCAGCACCUAACAAAGUUAAAGAAAAGGUGCUGGAUCCAGAAACAGGGCAACCGAUACCUCAUUCAUUUACUGAUUAGAGGGUACGCCAGGCAAAUCGGAGAAAGGGAAGAGUUCCGCCAAAUUCUAGCUCUUGGCCAGCAGAGGUUUACUGAGCACUUUUUGACACAUAUUUUAAAAAAUACCGACAAGUAUUGGGGAAAAGACAAGUGCAAGGAAUCCUUCCGUCUUUUCAACGAGGAGAGGAUCAAUCUGGAAGCCACUCUUAGAGUUGUGGGCCAACAGAAAAUACGCAGCUUUGGGGCAUGUAAAGAACUGGAAGCUUUGGUGGUGCAGUGUCACCAAGUAGCACAAUACAUAGAAUACUGUGUCCCUUUUAAGAUUUAUUAUGACUUUCUUGUGGGCCUGCUUCAUUUUUCUCGAGUCCAAGAGAAAAUUAAUAAAGAGGUAGAGAUUUUGUGCCUCCUUUUUCAUGAAUCAAGAAAACAUGGUAAAGGUGAUAUGCAGAAAUCAAAAGAUCUCAUUGAACAAGCUAUCCAACUGCACGAUGGAAAGCUCCCAUGUUUUGAUGAAGAGGGCUUGUCUGAAGUUUUUUAUUUGAUCCACUAUGGUAGAUACCUCUCACAGGACUGUCACGAAAGGGAGAGGUCACAGCGUUAUCUUGAAAAGGCAAUUUCAAUUUAUGAAAAGGACGCUGCGAAGCAUUUGGAACAUAACUUCACAUUUGAUAAGGGCAAAAUUCUUUCUCAAAUGGGACAUAACGCGAAACUUCACAAAGAUGGAGUAAAGCGCGAAGCCGCUGUGAGAUACUAUAGUGAAGCCUUAAGUUUUCGACUUAUGCAUUAUGGAAAGCAUCUUUUAACAGCGUUUUCAUACAAAGAAAUGGGUGAUUACUUUUUGUUUCUUGAGGAACUGGGCAAGGCAGAUGAAAACUACAAGAAAGCACUUGCUGUUUUGGAAGACAUGGAUGUAAAGGAACAGAAAGAGAUAGUUCCCAUCUAUAAAAACUUUGGAAUCUGCUGCCGGAAGAGAAAAGACUUUGUCCGAUCUAGAGAAAUGUUCCAGCUGGGAAGUUCUGUUGCCGAUAACACCAUAGAGGGAAACCACAAAUGGAAAGUUUGGAUCAAGACUCAACUAGCGUUGCUUCUGUAUAGAGAAUAUCCAGAAGAAGAAAGUGAGGCCCGCAUAAUUUCUGCAGAAGUUUUUCAAAUGGGUAAGGAACUUGGAAUGAAGAAAUGGCCUAAAAAGGAGACACUUGAAACGUUUUACAAGAAUCAUCAGGAACAUGAUAAACCCCACCUAUAG